GAAGGAGGACAGUUCAGUAGAAGAAAAAGCUCAAGAGGAGGAGAGACAUGUGAAAGAACUAUCUGCAAAAGGAGAAAGAAGAUUUUCAAGUUUAAAAUAAAAAAUCAGAAGCUCUGUACCAAGGGUUCAUUUUUCAAAGAAGGUGCCUUUGCUGCUUUUCUCUUGGACUUGCUGUAGAGAAACACAUACCAGAGAAAGGUCCAGUGUGGAGGCAGAGUGUGAAAAUGUCACAGAGGCCUCUUCUCAUCUUCCUGGGAAUCACCGCAGCCAGUCUUCUAACAGUUCAAGGAACAUGGAGAGGAGAGUCUCUCCAUCACUCUGAUGACAACUAUGAGUGGACCACAUGGUUCAAUGUUGACCACCCAGGAGGUCGAGGAGACUACGAGCAGCUGGAUGCCAUUCGCUUCUACUAUCGCACCAGAGUAUGUGAGACUCCGCGAGCAAUUGAAGCUAGAACCACGGAAUGGGUCCCAGCCCGUGAAACCGGGGAGAGGAUACAUGCCGACCCAACAAUAGGAUUCUGGUGUCUCAAUGAAGAGCAAAGUCCUGGACGCAACUGCUCAAACUAUGCAGUUCGUUUUCUAUGUCCAAAAGAAAGAAGUGUGAACAUUCAGGGAACCUGGGGUCUGUGGUCAAACUGGAGCCCAUGUCCUGCUCUCUGUGGUCAAGUUGGUGUGCAACUUCGCUAUCGAAGCUGCCAGUCUCAUUCAGUUCCUUGCAAUGGGCCUAAAAUAGAAGGGAAACCAUGCAAUGGGCCUGAGUGCAUGAAGACAGAUUGUUAUCUGCAGUGUGUGAUGGGGAGAGUAAAUGCUGACUGUGACGCUUGCAUGUGUGAAGAGCACACCCUUUUGGGUUCUGUGCGAGGUGCAGGUGGUCUUAUUGCUGAGGGGGCAGCCAUUCUUCGCUCAGGCAAACUCCUUACCCUCACAGACCACAACGGACAUUUCCGAAUCCCUGGAAUCUGCCCCGAUGGUAACACAACCUUGACAAUCAGACUGCUGGGGCAUGCAACUCUUGAUGUUGUUGUGCCCAUCACCAGUGAGCGGACCUCGGUUCUAAGUGUGCAGCUUAAAAGAGCAGAUAAGCUUCAUGUUGUGAGCAACCCUGAGAGUAAAGCCAGAAGAGUGGGACAAAGUGUUGCCUUCUGCUGCAAAGUAACUGGAACGCCGCCACCAGACAAAUACCAAUGGUUUCAUAACAACAGUCUCAUGGAGAUGCAAUACGAAAGCACGCUUGUUCUGAAAGAUUUACGUCCAGAUCAAGCAGGAGAGUACUACUGCAGGGCAAGUGGUCCGUCUGGUGCAGUUAAAACCAAACCAGCAUCUCUAAAAAUUAUAGGUGGAGACGAGCAUUCAUGCAACCCCAAGCCCGAAUCUCAUCUCAUUCGUCUUCCACAUGACUGCUAUCAAAACAGCACAAACUCCUUCUACUACGAUGUUGGCAAAUGCCCCUCAAAUACAUGUGCUGGACAGCUGGAUAAUGUCAUCAGGUGCAAAGACAACGUAGCGUACUGCUGUGGUGUGGCAAAGAUGGAAGAGAGGCAGCUGACAUGUCAAGGCUACCAGCUGCCCACCAUGGUGGUGACAGAAUGCGGCUGUCAGAAAUGUGUGGACACCAAGGCUGUUGUGUAUGGCCGUGCCAUUGCAGCAGACAAUGGUGAGCCAAUGAGAUUUGGCCACAUCUAUAUGAACGGAGUCAGGAUUGGCCGUACUGGCUACAAAGGCACCUUUACUGUCCAGGUUCCCCCAGACACUGAAAGACUAGUGAUGACGUUUGUUGACAACAUGCAGAAAUUUGUUAACACUACAAAGGUGCUCCAAUUUAAAACUAAGGGGGGAGCUGUAUACCAUGAAAUCAAACUUUUACGGAAGAAAGCUCCUGUGACCAUUAUUUCCUCAGAAACUAAUACUUUUGAUCUAGGAGAGGUAGAUGGCCAAGAGGCAAUGGUCCAAAUCCAGAUUCCCCCUAAUUCAUUCUAUAAGCAGAACGGAGAAGUCUUUACUGGGAACGUCAAUGCAAGUAUUACAUUCUUAGACCCGAGAGAUGUCUCUACUGCUGCUGCUGCUUCAAGUGACCUUAAUUUUAUAGGAAGUGAGGGUGAUGUACUUCCACUGAGAACCUAUGGCAUGUUUUCUGUUGACUUUAGAGGUGAAGAAAAUAAUGAACCUCUAAAUGCAGGUGAAGUGAAGGUUUUUCUGGACUCAGCUCAGGUAAAGAUGUCAGAGCACCUCAGCAACAUGAGGCUGUGGUCGCUGAAUCCUGAAACUGGCCUGUGGGAAGAGGAGGGAAGUCUCCAGCUGGAAAAGAAAAAGAGAAGCAAAAGGGAGGAGAGAACAUUUUUGAUCGGAAACAUGGAAAUCAGAGAAAGGCGUCUGUUUAACCUGGAUGUUCCUGAAAACCGCAGGUGUUAUGUAAAAGUGAGAGCUUUCCGCAGCGAGCGUUUCAUGCCUAGUGAGCAGGUAGAAGGAGUUGUGGUGAGUCUCAUAAACAUGGAACCAGUAGCUGGCUUCUCCUCGAAUCCACGUGCCUGGGGCCGUUUUGAUAGCGUUGUUACUGGCCCAAAUGGGGCUUGUCUUCCAGCCUUUUGUGACGAACAAAAACCUGAUGCUUAUUCUGCAUAUGUAAUGGCCAACCUCGGGGGUGAGGAGCUGGAGGCUGUGUCCUCUUCUCCUAAACUUAAUCCUGGCCUCAUUGGAGUACCCCAGCCUUACCUGACAAAACUCAACUACAGGCGGACUGAUCAUGAAGACCCUAGAGUAAAGAAGACAGCAUUUAGUAUCAACGUGGCAAAACCAAGUUCUAAUGCUGCCGAGGAAUCCAAUGGACCAGUGUAUGCAUUUGAAAAACUAAAAGAAUGUGAGGAAGCCCCAUUCAGUGCAGCUCAUUUCAGGUUUUCAAGAGUUGAAGGAGACCGUUAUGAUUACAACACUGUGCCGUUUAAUGAAGACGACCCAAUGAGCUGGACGCAAGACUACCUGAGCUGGUGGCCCAAGCCCAUGGAAUACCGCGCCUGUUACAUCAAGGUUAAAAUAAACAGUCCACAUGAAAUCAAUGUAAGGUCUCGUAACAUGGGUGGCACUCAUCCAAAAACUGUGGGCCAGCUGUACGGUCUCAGAGACACUCGCAGCAUUCGUGAUAUGGAACAGGCAAAUGUUUCAACCGUGUGUCUGGAGUUUAAGUGCAGUGGCAUGCUGUAUGAUCAGGAGCGUGUGGAUCGUACUCUGGUGAAGGUGAUCCCUCAAGGUAGUUGUAAGAGGGACCAUGUGAACUCAAUGCUUCAGGAUUAUUUGGUGAACCACCUACCUCUAGCAGUCAACAAUGACACCAAUGAGUUUACCAUGUUGGCACCUCUAGACUCUCUGGGCCACAACUAUGGAAUCUACACAGAGACGGAACAGGAUCCUCGUACAGCGAAAGAGAUUGCACUUGGGCGCUGCUUUGAUGGCACUUCUGAUGGUACAUCUCGGGUCAUGAAAACUAAUGAGGGCGUGGCGCUAACUUUUACUUGUGGGGACCGUGAAGUGACACGCCAGAGUGUCUUUCAAGCUAUGCAGAACUCUCAAAGUCAGAUAGUUACAAGUGUUGCCAGAGGAGACAACAGGAAAACCAAACGUCGACAGAGAGCCAACUUAUCCCGCAGGAGCAGUAAACGUAGCCCCAGAAAUCCUAAACGAGGGUCUUAACAAGGUAGAAGAUAAGUGACUCUACCCAUAGACCAGGAAAAACAGAGCGAGAAAGAGGUUUGGAAAUAAAUCACACUGAAGCAGUUUUUGACAUUAAUAAUAUACCAAAAUAUAUUCAAGCUGCAGUUGUAUUUCAUAAUAGAAAUAGUCAGACUUCAGUUUCUUAGCUCUCAGCAUUAAUGCAUCGACAUCCAAAUUGGACUAGUGAAUUAGGGUUAAAGCUUUUUAAUUAUGUAUGCACCGGUACCCUCUUUCUCAGGGGUUCAAAUGUAACUGAAAAAAAUUGCAUAAAGGAAAUAAACUUGAUUUUUUUUAUGAACUGCCUGAAGUCUGAAACAUUUCCCCAAAUAAUGUAUUUAUAUUCCUCUGGACGGUUUUUCAACACUUUAUUGUAUGUGGAAUUUUUUUAUAUCAGUUGAUGAAAGAUUCAACAGGCAGUCUUUUUUUUCAAACCUUUUUAGUAUCUGGGUUGUUUUUGCUGAUUUUUUCCUAUUCCUUACAUACAAUCAAGAUUUAUGCGUCACCAUUCCUUACCUAAGAAAACAACUCAAGGACCUGCCUGACUUGGUGCACUCUCUUGAGAGCAGAGGGUUCUCAUUAUCCGGGAGAUGUUGCGCAAAGCAAAGCCUACAGCCUCCGCUCCGACUUCCUUGGAGCUCAAGGAGAGCAUGCGCUAUAUUAUUAUUAAAUUCAGGAGCAAAACAUGCGGAAAUGAGCACUUAAUUUAAUUCCCCACCAACAUCCAGCCAGCGUAUGUUCAGUUUCUGGCCAAAUAUUUUCAUUUUGUUGUGGAUUUUUGUAACAGGGAUAACUAGGAUCAUACAUGGUUUGUAUGAACUAUGUUUUAUCUCUGCAUUAAAAGUCAGCAAUUCUUCACCCAUGCCUGAGAUGAGAAGUUUGAUGAUUUGAUGAAACUUUUAAGCCUCUUAGUAUAAAAUAAAUGUUUUGAUGAUCGAGAUGAGAAAUCUGCUUCCUGGUAUGUUGAAGUACCAGUUUGUAAUAGUUUGCAUCCAAUCAUUUAAACAAACGAUCUUAUUUUUUGGGAAUAUAUAAGCUCCCGACUGAGCGUGGAAUGGCUGGAGAAUGGUUUUGUCGUCAUUCAAACCCAGGUUAAAAGCCUUUCAGGUCAGCUUGAAUCCCAUUGCUCUCAUUAAGCCAUGAAAAAGAAAACAAAAUAACAGUCAGAUCAGGUGUUUUAUGAGAUAUGUAAGUCAGGAAAUUGUCCAUGUAUCAGACUGAAUGAUUGUUUC